CGUCUGCUUUUGCCUUUGCUUUUGCUUGUUUCGCGACAGGGCUACUUUCCUCCUCAAAGAAUCGCAACCAGCUUGUCUCGACCUGUUCAUACUCUCUCUCUCUCUCUCUGAAAUGGAGGAUUCUUACCGGAGGUUAGACGACAGGAGGCCAACUCUUCCUUCUCUCUUCUCGAAACGCUCUCGCUCCGAUUUCGAUGUCUCCCUUGGUCAUGAUUUUCCUAGCUAUUUUGGUCGUGAUGAUGAAAGAGUGAAACACCGUUUUAUUGGAGAUUCCGACUCUGUUGGAGCAUCCUAUGAUCGUUACAUGCGCAGUGCGCAAAUUUCAUUGUAUGGUGGGGGAGGUUCUGCUAGACCUUUGAGUGGUGGACUAAGUGGUCCCCCUAUUGAUGACCCACGGAGGAUUGGAAUUUUGGGAUCAAACCCAGUGGUGACCACAAAAAGCCAUUCCAUGGGAUUGGGAGAUGGCAGGCCACUUCCUCCUGAUGCUAGCAGUACUCUGUUCGUGGAGGGCUUGCCUGCAAACUGUACACGAAGGGAAGUUUCUCAUAUCUUUCGCCCUUUCGUAGGAUACAAAGAAGUGAGGCUGGUGACCAAGGAACCAAGACGUUCUGGGGAUGAUCCUUUGGUACUUUGUUUUGUUGAUUUUGUGAGUCCAGCCCAUGCUGCCACUGCUAAGGAUGCUUUGCAAGGUUAUAAAUUCGAUGAGCAUGACCGUGACUCAGUCAGUUUACAGCUGCAGUUUGCUCGCUACCCUGGUGCAAGGUCAGGUGGUGGGCAUCGUGGCAAGCGUUGAAUUAUGUGUUUCUACAGAUGAAUGAAGAAAAGCAGCUUGAUUUGUGAAUUUGACUUAUCCAGUUGACGCUUCAGAGGCAUGCAUGAUCUUAGAAGUCUACAUUGAUCUGAGGAAUGAUUACAAUCGAAUAUUGCAAAGUUUCACGAUGAGGGCAUCACUCUGAUGAAAAAGACCGUUGUGAGGACUUAAUUUUUGGUUUCCCCCUUGUUAUGACUGCAACAGGGUCUCGUUUCAGGAUGCUAAAAUUAUCCACGUUACAAUCCUCUCUACCUGACCCAUUUUGAAAUCGCCAUUGCAGUAGGUCAAGGGUGGGAUGGACGUAAACUCAAAAGCUAUUGAGGGUAGGGAUAAUUGUCCAAUUUCUAUUGUGAAGGUCACCCCGUCACUGCAAGCGGGUUGCUUCCUCUAUCGUUGGUACUAUGAGGAGUUUCUGUAACCUGGGGGAUAUUAGGGGGACACAACAAUAGUGGUUUAGCCUCGUGAACAAGAAAGAAAGAAACAGUAACAGUGGCUGGACAGCGUUGUGUUUUUGUUGCCUUUCUAUGUUUGUCAAUCAAAAUUUUAGGGGAUGCUUUAGAAAGAGGACUGCAGUAAAUUGGCUUGAAAAAUAAUAUAUAUAUGUAUAUCUUGGCCUUUUUUAUUUUUUUCCCAAAUAGUUUCGUGAUAUUUCUCAAGGAAUAUAAAAUAAUGAAUUUGGGGUUGCCAUUGUUUUGUACAGUAAGUGUAAAUUAAAAAAAAAAAAAAAUGAUCUCUUGUUGGUUCUUAGAUUGCCAAGAAAUACUAUUGAGAGCCUAUCUUAUUUUAAGUAAUUGAUAAUAUGAGUCAGUCUGAGAUUGCGAGUAUCAUAUAUUGCUUAUCAACACAGACCGAACAACAUUUGCAUUUCUUUAAAUUUAGACAUGUAGGUGUCAGUUGCUUCUCUCUCCAACUCAUUAAAUAUUGAGAACAAAAUGCUUUGAAAUUUUGUGACUUCUAAUCAAUGAAACUAUUUGGUAUGUUUUUGUCAUUGGGGGAAUUCGUGAACUCCCAGGUCUCUCUAUCUCUCUCUCUCUCCAAUCUAAUCCUUUGUACACAUUUGCUUGUUUGGUGAUUAGAUUAGUAUUCUUUGGACCUUAUCUUGACCCAUGUUUUUUUGAGGAAAAAUAGAAUGGGACUAGCAAUCCCUCCAAUGGUAAGACUAGCAUUAUUGGGGGUUGGGACUGCUAAUCCAAUCUCAUGGAUUGGUGGUUGAAAAACAAUUUUGCCUCUUAGGUCAUGUUUGUUUUGCGGCUUGAGUGACUCAUGGCUGUGGGUCCCAUUCACAGCAUGUUUGGUAGUGAAAUGGGAGGGCAGAUUGAUGGUUCAAGGGGCUUAGUAAUCUUAGCUUGGCUGAGUUUUGGGUGGGAAUAGAAAAAUAAUGGGGGGGAUUGAAUCUAUUAUAUAUAUAUAUAUAUAUUUUUACCGAGUGUACUUGUUUGUUUUAAUUUUUUUAAUAUAAAAAUAAUUUAUUUAUUUAUUUUAUAUAAAAAUAAUUUGAUAAUCCUAUCACUAACCAUCUCUCAUACUAUCAUCAAAACAAACACACUUUUACUUAAUCCCUUCACUAACAAUCCUCACAUUAACAAUCUCUUCACUAGCCAUCAUUUCACAAACAAUCCAUCCAACCUAAUCCGCCAAACAAACGUGGCCUUACUUUAUAAAA